UACCAAAUUUGUAGUCUCUGAAAAUAUAGGACCGAUCUAUCAAUUGAAGAAGAGACUGGGGGAACAUGUACAAACAAGUUGGGAAAACGAAGGAAAAAACAAAAUCUCUCCAAGUGAAGGAGACAAACGCCGAGAAUGAAAAUCAGAGGUUCAAAAGAUCAUCAACUGCUCGAUUUCCUUGCAAGAAAGGAUAAAUCCUUCAUACCAUAUUGGUGUCGUAAUCGGCUUAGGAUGAAGGUCCUUUUUCUUUGUUCGUGCAUCGGGAUGAUUGGAAACUUGAUGGCUGGUGAAGACAGAUUCAGGAGAGCGUGUUUUGCUACUGGGUCUAAAACCUCUUGCCUUGUCAUCGGUUCCGGCGAUUCAACCUUGUUGGUUUUUGGAUCUCUAUUUAUUCACGUCCGGAGAAUUCUGCAAAAGGAGUUAAGGUGGUGAUUCCGAAGAGUAGCUGAUUUCAGAGAAUCCAUUCUGGAUUCGAUCGACGGUCAGCCAUGGUGGUGAUGGCGGUGACGAGUCCAAAACGAGUCAAGACUGAGUUGGUGACGAGUCCUAGACGAGUCGAGGAUGAGUUGGUGACGAGUUGAUUGCAUCUUCCACCUCCCAACUUGCGCGACAGGCCUAACCGAUUCUCUUUGUAAUUUAUGUUGUUGGACCAUUGAUGGGCUUUUUAUGUUGUUGGACUUCUGUUUCACCAGUGUAUCUUUGCCCAGUUUGGGGUUUUAAUGAAAUAUGAUUGUCGAUAAAAAAAAAGAAAAUAAAAAAAAAGGGAGCUCUUUUGAAAUCAAAUGCUUUGAUCCGAAUUCGUUAAUGGCGACUCAGAUCUGAGGAUAAUCUCGUCUUCAUUUCUGGUUCGAUUAUUGGAGGUAAAGAGAAGAAAUUGAAGAACCCAAAUGGAUGAUUUCACAGGAUUGUUAGCGAGAGACUUCGGAUUGAAACCACAGGGCAAAUCAGCUCCGAUGGCUCCUCAAUCGAACUCUUCUGCCGCUGAUUUCAACAGUUUCGCUUCUUCCUACAGCUUCGCCAACGCCGCCGGGAAAAAGUCCGAUCCUUCGCCGGUGUUUGACGAUCUUGGCCGCGAUGGUGAUGAUCUUCUCUUCAAAGAUGUGUUUAGCGGUCCAACACCAAAGUACGGAUCCUCUUCUGGUGAUUCUCGUUCUCCAUCUGCACCGGCCUUUGACUAUGAUGCUAUGUUUAAGGAACCCAAAUCCAAAUCAGCGUCCGUGCCGGUCUAUGACAAGCCUGUCUACGAUGAUGAGGAUGUGUUUGAGUCUAUUCCUGAGCUCCAAAUCCCUUCCACUUCUUCCCACUCAGCUAGGUUUGAGAACGUUUUCUCUUCCAUCUCCACCUCACCUGCAAAGCACAGGAAACAGAACAGUUCUCCCUUCGAUGAUCUCAUGGGCACCAAUUUGGGGAAAACUGAGACAGACAGUGACCGAGAGAACAAGGGUAGCUCCGUUUUUGAUGAUUUGAUUCCCGGCUUUGGUCGCACUAGCUCCCCUCCACCUAAACGGUCUACUUCAGACACCAGUCAACCCCAGCAACCUGCGUAUCAGCCUUCCAAAACAUCUUCCAAACUUGUGGAAGAAGACCCAUUUGUAGUCUUGGAGGAGUCUGCGUCAACCCCUAGAGAACCUCCCAUGGGAGGGUUCACUGAUCCAUUAGAGGAAAUUGGUAAAUUCAAUAGCUCCAGCAGCAGAAAAACUGAUCAUGCAGGAGUAUUUGUUGAAGUUGACCCCCUCGAUAGUCUUGGAAAAUCAGGCCCAGAUAUGAAUAGUAGAAGCCAGAGUCAUUUAAAACAACCAGGAAACAUCAGUGGCUCCCAGUCACCUGUAGAAAGUUCUAGGAGUUACCAUUCUAAGAAAGCUUCAUUUGACGAUGUUUUAGAGCCACAAAAUACGAGUGCUCCACCACCUACCAGUACAGAAGGAAGUUUUGAGUCAUCUGAUGAUGUGUGGCUUACUGUAUCUGAGAUCCCUCUCUUUACGGAACCUACUAGUGCUCCGCCACCUGCGAGACCUCCACCACCAAGACCUACACGUCCUGUAAAAAAGAAGGUCAACGAGCCUUCUAUAUCGAGCUCCACUAACCACCACUCUUAUGUUCCUAGCUCAGCUAGAGCUUCUGUAAAUAGCCCAACAGCAUCUCAAAUGGAUGAACUUGAUGAUUUUUCUAUGGGCAGAAAGCAGACCGCUGCAAAUGGACACCCUGAACCUACCUCUGGUGAAGAUUCUGAUGUUUUCUCUGAUGCUGUUGCAUCAGCUGCUGCCAUGAAGGAUGCCAUGGAUAGAGCAGAAGCGAAGUUUAGACAUGCUAAGGAAAGGAGAGAGAAAGAAAAUUUGAAGGCAAGUAGAAGCAGAGAAGGAGAUCACAUGGAGAAUCAUGAUUCUCGGGAAAGGGAACUUAGAGAAAAGCAAGUGAGAUUGGAGCGUGAAAGGGCAGAGAGGGAGGCAGAGAUGGAAAAAGCCCAGGAGAAGGAGAGAGAGGAUAGAGAAAGAGAGCAGAAAAGAAUUGAGAGAGAAAGGGAAAGACUAUUGGCAAGGCAAGCCGUAGAGAGGGCUACAAGGGAAGCACGUGAAAGAGCAGCCGCUGAAGCUCAUGCCAAAGUUCAGAGAGCUGCUGUUGGGAAGGCUUCGGAUGCCCGAGAGCGUGCAGAAAGAGCAGCAGUUCAAAGAGCCCAUGCUGAAGCACGUGAAAGGGCAGCUGUAGGGGCACGAGAAAAGGCUGAGAAAGCUGCAGCAGAAGCUAGAGAAAGGGCGAAUGCUGAAGCGCGGGAGAAGGAAGCAAGGGUUAGGGCAGAACGAGCUGCUGUGGAAAGGGCAGCUGCUGAGGCACGUGGAAGGGCAGCUGCCCAAGCUAAAGCUAAGCAGCAGCAAGAAAAUAACAGUGAUCUUGACUCCUUCUUUAACUCGGUUUCUAGACCAAACAGUGCUCCACAACAGAGAACCAACCCUUUGGAUCCUUUCCAGGAUUCAUGGAACAAAGGAGGAUCUUUCGAAUCUAGCAGGCCAUCUUCGCAAGUGUCUUCUAGAGCAACAGAGAACUUGAGAAAGACCUCUUCAACAACAAACAUUGUUGAUGAUCUCAGUUCAAUAUUUGGAGCUUCCCAGUCUGGUGGUUUUCAAGAUGUGGAUGGAGAAACUGAAGAGAGACGACGUGCCAGGCUGGAACGCCACCAGAGGACACAGGAGCGGGCUGCGAAAGCACUUGCUGAAAAAAAUGAACGUGAUCUUCAAGUACAAAGAGAACAAGUUGAGAAAGAUAGGAUUGGGGUGACCCUGGAUGUUGAGAUAAAACGUUGGGGUGCGGGGAAGGAGGGAAACUUGCGUGCUUUGCUUUCGACAUUACAAUAUGUUCUUUGGCCAGAAUGCGGAUGGCAGCCUGUUUCAUUGACCGAUUUAAUUACCGGUGCAUCUGUCAAGAAAGUUUACAGGAAGGCCACUCUCUGUAUACACCCUGACAAAGUUCAACAAAAAGGUGCCAAUCUCCAGCAGAAAUACAUUGCCGAGAAAGUUUUUGACAUGCUCAAGGAAGCAUGGAACAAGUUUAACUCAGAAGAACUCUUCUAAAAAAACAUGGGGUUAUGUUUUGAGAGUGUUGUCUAUGUGUCGCCCAUACAAUGAAGCAUGUGGCACUUGUUAAGUAUCCAAAAAUGGUGCCCAAGUUCGAGCCAGAUAGUUGUCAAUAGAGUAUGUAUCUCCAGGAUUGAUUACCCCAUCACUGCAUCAUUAUAGACAUUGCAGCAAUUGGGCAUUCAGUUUUUGUUGUUAAUUUUUCCUCGUCAUUAUCCUUCUUGUGUCCCGUCCUUUAAGAGUACGAUGUCAAAUGUAUUGAUGUUGAUUAUUGUAUCAAAACACAAUACUUGAGAGCUGUGUAUUGUGUUUCCAAACUAUUUAUAUAUAUGCAUAUACAUGAAUAUUUUUUA